CCCCCCCCCUGCCGUCAGUCCGAGAAGAUGGGUCCCUGGAAGUGCUUGUCUUUCGUCCUGUCCCUGUCCCUCCUGGGGCCGGUCCCGGCAGAGAAGCUGAGGUUCGACGACCACGCCGUCCUCCGCGUCGUGCCCGAAACCGCCGAGGAACUCCUCGAGCUGCGAUACUUCCAGGACUUGCAUCCUGAGUUGGACUUCUGGAGCGAGCCCACCAGACCGAACGCAGGCGUGGACGUCCGGGUGAGCCCCGAGGAACGAGCCGCCGUCGAGGACGAACUCCGCUCCCUGGGAUUCUCCAUCCGCGUCCUCAUACCCAACGUUCAAAAGCUGAUCGACGAGCAGCGAGUGGCACCCCUCGGAAGCAAGAUGGCCUGGGAGGAAUACCAGCAAGUUGACACG